AUGCAGUUCACUCAGGCUUCCGCCCUCGUGGCCCUCCUAUCCGCCACCGCCUUCGGCAUUGCCCUCCCUCAGAACCCAGCCAACGGCAACCAUGCAGGCACCGACAACGGCAACAACCACUGCGGAGAUACAACCAUACCUCAGCCGAUCAUCGGCCAAGGCCCGCCUGUCGACAGGAACGACUGCCAAGAACUCAAGAACGCGUUCGCCAAUGCUCACACCGACUACUACGUCACUGGACCCGGCCAGUUGAUCCUUGCUCACGGGACCUGCAAAUUUUAUGCCACGGUCGAUAGGGGUCAAACGGCCAUCCUUGGAGGUGACGAUGCCAGUGAUCUCAUUGGGACCGCCUUCAGUUACUGGGUCGAUGGUCAAUCCGGCUCUAAGGGAACCUAUAUCACCGGCCAGAACGCUGAAGCUCCUUGCGACAACGCCAACGGCCAGACCCAGGUCACCGUCACCUGGCAAGUGAGCUCUUAGGUCGCUCUCGACCAAGCAACCGCAGUCAUUGGGAGGGGGGGAGGUGGUCGUGCAUCGGCAUGAUCCAUGGAAUGAGGCAUCUGGCGGAGGAUGAGAUUGGGAUGCAGUGGAGGAAUGG